AUGCCUCAAAUUAAUCAAAAGGUUGAGCUCGAGUGCGCCGGCUGCGGAAAAGUUCGCGGCAUCUAUGAGUUUUCUGCCAGUCAGCGCCGCAAAGGCGAUGAUGCUACUUGCUUGAAGUGCAUCCCUGAGAUCCAGAAUGUCAGACCUGGUCACCUCAAGCACAGCGUUGACAACAGUGACGCAGAGUACCUGGCCCACGCCAGUGAGCACGGAACCAGUACCCGUGGCUCCUCAGGCACCGAAACUGGCGGUGUUCGCCUUCCCAACUCCUUCAUGAACAAGACUGCCACUGUCGCCGGCACCAACACCGGCACUGGGACCCGCACCACCAGCACACCUUCGACCGCAGCCCCUUCAUCUUCUCGCUUCUCUUCUGCAACCAGCACCAGCGAGCGUCCCGCUCACUUCGAACUUCGUAACACCGGUUGGAUGCAUGUCAGAAAGGACUUUCGUGAGGAAAUCGUCCCCAAACUUGCUGACGACGAGGUUGAGACGUUCAAGGACGGCAGUGACGAUGAGGAUUUCGACAUGUAA